AGCUCCGUACCAUCAACAAGAAACACUUGCAAGUGUAACUCCAAUCACCAGCGCGAGAUGGCUCAGCUGUUCCCGCUACGGCUUUAUUCAACUAGGAAUAAUGUCAAAUUCAUCGCAACCAUCUGUUAUACCUCCACCGGAAUCGUUUCUUCCUCCAAGAAAGUCGUCUUCCCGAAGCCCGUCAUCACACUCAUCCGGAUCUAAACAAAAGCGGGAUGCAAAUGUCGCCUCAACUCGGUUCACGGAAGCAACGCAGAGCCGGCUCUUUUUGAUGAGUGUUGGCUUUGUAAUGCCAAUACCCUAUUAGACAACUGUCAUGUUAUUGGACAGAAAGACCGUGGGUAAUUCUUCUUAUACAGGCAGGCCGGUCUCCUUACCUUCGAAUCCCUACCUGAUAUUCAAAACGCCUUGAUGCUCUGUCCAACCUGCAACCGCGAAUUCGACAAUACACAAUGUCCCGGUUUCAUCUUCUUCACUUCGAACCUACAAUUCUUUAUAGACUUUGAGCGGCAGGACUACGAGCGCCGAAGCAACUGGGCGAGAGAUGGCUAUGAUACCCCUACCCGCGCGUGUCCAUCCGCAGAGCAGUACGAAAGCGAUGCCAUUAAGCGCUCUGACGAACAGCAGCCCGCGGAGUCGGAUAAAUUGGCUCCUCGUUUAGCAGAUAUGCACGCUCGCUCGCAACCACCAACUGGCAAGUUUGGUUUCCAUGUCCAGACGUACCAUAGGAAAAUCGCCCAGGCCGUAAACAAAUGGGACGAUUCGUGGUGUGCUAUGUUCUCACGACAUCUCGGAUACGUUAUGGAACUGGCCGAGCGAUAUCUCAAAUGACCCGAGUUUGAGGUGGUAUGCGAGCUCACAUUGACGAACGUCGUGCCUCGCCUCCUUCUCCCACUCCAGGCCGAAGGUAGAGUACUGAAGCCCUCGCUAAUCCACGGUGACUGCUGAGAUGGUAAUUCUGCCAUGGAUGCUAAGACCAGGCAUGCUUUAUCUUUGAUGCCUGCUCAUUCUCUACGGUCACAAUGAGUAUGAUAUAGGAAGCUGGAGAGCACCGAGACAUAGGCUUAACAAAGAAGCUUACAUAAACUUAUAUACACGACAUUUCCCUGUGUCGGAACCUGCGGAAGACUGGGAUGCUCGUAAUUGUCUCUACUCUUUUAUCGGCUCCCAGCAACGUCAAGUGAUCUACGAUGAUAUGACGAACCUCUGCAAGAUGUUCUGCCCGCAGGACUUGGAAGCAGAAAUGCAGAAACUCAGUCAAAAGUCUGAGAGGUUACGUACUCUGGGAAGCCUAUAGCUUCGUUCACGGUCUCAGGGUAGCGUUCGGCAAACUUGUCCCAUUUUCGUCGGUCCUGGAUUUUCCAUAAUUUGAAGUACUCUCCUUUGUUUUUGAUCAAUUCGUCAUGCGUACCUCGCUCAACAAUUUUUCCGUCCUUAAGGAAGAGAAUCACAUCUGCGUUAGUAAUAGUGGACAGUCGAUGAGCUACAACAAACAUCGUUCGUCCGGGUCUAAGGAUGUCAAAAGCUUUCUGGAUCCGUGCCUCGGUCGAAGAGUCCAUGGCACUUGUAGCCUCGUCGAGGAUGACGAUCUUCGGGUCCUUCACUAGCACUCGUGCGAUUGCUAACCGCUGAAGUUCCCCACCUGAGAGUUUCACGCCUCUUUCACCGACUUUAGUGUUGUAGCCGUCAGGGAAUGUCAUGAUAUUGUCAUGUAUCGCGGCUCGUCUGCACGCUUCAAAAAUUUGCUCACAAGGAUCCUGAGGAACAACACCCAGAGCAUCCCGUAGGCUGUCGAGAGUAACAUUGCGUAAGUCUUGAUUGUCAAUCAAGAUAGAUCCUCCAGUUGGAUCAUAGAAACGGCAGAGUAAUUUGAGGAUUGUCGACUUUCCGGCUCCUGUCUCACCAACAAAGGCAACCAUUUUGCCUGGUAUCGCCUCAAAGCUGAUACUGUUGAGAAUCUUCUUCCCUGAUGAACUGUAGGAAAACUCGACGUUGCAGAACUCAACCUUCCCAAAAUGCGCAAUGAGGUCAUCUGAACCAGGGAGAUUCGAAAUUGAUGGUUGAGUACGGAGUAACUGCAAGAGGCGUUCUGCAUCAAUGAAUAUCGAUGUAAUGUUAGCAUGAGACCAUGCUAUUAUCUCAAGUGGGUAGGUCAUCGUAGCCCAGAAGGUACCAAGGGUUACAAAGCUCCCAGCGGAAGCCUCUCCAGACGAGAUCUUUCGAAUGGCAAGAAGUGACGCGCUGAACAAACCCAGAAGCAUGAUCAGUGUU